AUGUUUUUCUUGCCCCGGUGGGCUCGGCAGGCGCCCACCCCACAUCAUGCUUCGGCCGGCCAUCGGUCUCCCAAGCCUCAGCCGGUUCGUCAGGCUCCCACGUCUCAGCGGGAUCGUCAGGCUCCCAUGCCUCAGCCAGUUCGCCAGGCUUUCCACACCCCAGCCGCAUUGUGCAGUGCCCAUGCCUUGGCCGGCCCUUCAGGCUCGCCCAGGUGGGACGCCUGGUGGCGCCUCUGGGGGGGGUACUGUCACGCCCGCUCUCCUGCUCUGCCGCUCGAGGGCGCCAGACUGCCUUCAUUGCGCAAACCUAUCACCAUUAUUACUCGCACCCACGCUUCAUCACCGGUCACAUCAUGCUUCGGCCGGCCAUCGGUCUCCCAAGCCUCAGCCGGUUCGUCAGGCUCCCACGUCUCAGCGGGAUCGUCAGGCUCCCAUGCCUCAGCCAGUUCGCCAGGCUUUCCACACCCCAGCCGCAUUGUGCAGUGCCCAUGCCUUGGCCGGCCCUUCAUGCUCGCCCAGGUGGGACGCCUGGUGGCGCCUCUGGGGGGGACCGGUGGUGGCUGGCCUGCUCCAGGAGUCCGAGGUGCGGGAAGUUCCUCCACCCCUCUGGACAUCGAGGGGGCCCCGGCGUACAUCAUUCCUGGAAUCAUUUCGCUCCUGGAUGAGGAGGAGCCCCAGCUAAAGGAGUUUGCUCUGCACAAGCUGAACUCCAUUGUCAAUGACUUCUGGGCUGAGAUAUCAGGAUCUGUUGACAAAAUCGAAGUCCUGUAUGAAGAUGAGACGUUUCGGAGCAGGGCGUUUGCUGCCUUGGUGGCUUCUAAAGUGUUCUACCACCUCGGGGCAUUUGAUGAGUCGUUGAACUAUGCUCUAGGUGCAGGAGACCUUUUCAAUGUCACAGACGACUCUGAGUAUGUGGAGACCAUUAUCGUCAAAUGUAUCGACCACUACACCAAGCAACGGGUGGAGAAUGCUGAGCUUCCCGAGGAUGAGGAGAAGAAGAGCAUCGAUCCCCGGCUCGAGGGCAUCGUCAACAAGAUGUUCCUGCGGUGCCUGGGCGACCACAAGUACAAGCAGGCCAUCGGCAUUGCCCUGGAGACGCGGCGCCUGGACAUCUUUGAGAAGACCAUCCUCGAAUCGAAUGACGUUAGUGGCCUACUGGCCUACAGCUUGAAGGUCUGCAUGUCACUGAUGCAAAUUAAGAAGUUUCGCAAUAAGGUACUCCGAGUGCUAGUCAAGCUCUACAUGAAUCUGGAGAAGCCUGACUUCAUCAACGUUUGCCAGUGCCUGAUCUUCCUGGAUGACCCACAGGCGGUGAGUGACAUCCUGGAGAAGCUGGUGAAGGAAGACAACCUGUUGAUGGCCUACCAGAUCUGCUUCGACCUGUAUGAAAGCGCCAGCCAGCAGUUCCUCUCCUCGGUCAUCCAGAACCUGCGCACUGUGGGCACGCCCAUCCCUGCCGUGCCCGGCUCUACCAACACGGGCACCGUGCCCACCCUGGACAACGACAGUGAUGCUAUGGAGACGGACGAUAAGGCCGGCAGCUCCCCUGCAGGAAAAGCAGCAGACAACGAUGAGCCAAAGGACCAGAAUGCAAAGAUGACAAAAAUUCUCAGCGGCGAAAUGGCCAUCGAAUUGCAUCUACAGUUCCUCAUCCGGAACAACAACACAGACCUAAUGAUUCUCAAGAACACAAAGGAUGCAGUUCGAAAUUCAGUGUGCCACACAGCCACGGUCAUAGCCAACUCCUUCAUGCAUACGGGAACCACAAGUGACCAGUUCCUCAGAGAGAACUUGGAGUGGCUUGCAAGAGCCACCAACUGGGCCAAGUUCACAGCCACUGCCAGUCUUGGCGUCAUUCACAAGGGCCACGAGAAAGAGGCGCUGCAGUUGAUGGCCACAUAUCUGCCCAAAGACACCUCCCCUGGAUCGGCCUACCAGGAGGGAGGUGGCCUGUACGCCCUCGGGCUGAUCCACGCCAACCACGGGGGGGACAUUAUCGACUACCUGCUCAGCCAGCUCAAGAACGCCAGCAACGACAUUGUCCGUCACGGCGGAGGUCUAGGCCUGGGAUUGGCUGCCUUGGGUACGGCCAGGCAGGAUGUUUACGACCUGCUCAAGUCUAACCUGUACCAGGAUGAUGCAGUAACAGGUGAAGCUGUGGGGCUGGCCCUGGGGCUGGUCAUGCUGGGCUCGAAGUCGGCACAGGCCAUUGAGGACAUGGUGGGCUACGCCCAGGAGACGCAGCACGAGAAGAUCCUGCGCGGCCUGGCCGUUGGAAUCGCCAUGGUCAUGUACGGACGCAUGGAGGAGGCAGACACGCUCAUCGAGAGCCUCUGCAGAGACAAGCAGGACAAUGCCACACAGCCAAGGACCCGAUCCUGUAUGUACACAGUGGGCAUGGCCUACUGCGGCUCCGGAAACAACAAGGCCAUCAGACGUCUGCUGCAUGUGGCUGUGAGCGACGUGAACGAUGAUGUCAGAAGGGCAGCGGUGGAAUCCAUUGGAUUCAUCAUGUUCAGGACCCCAGAGCAGUGUCCUAGUGUGGUGUCCCUCCUGUCAGAGAGCUACAACCCCCAUGUGCGCUGCGGGGCCGCAAUGGCCCUUGGCAUCUGCUGUGCCGGGACAGGCAACAAGGAGGCCAUCAACCUGCUGGAGCCCAUGACUAAUGACCCGGUGAACUAUGUGAGACAGGAUGCCCUCAUCUCAUCAGCACUCGUCAUGAUCCAGCAGACCGAGGUCACCUGUCCCAAGGUGAACCAGUUCCGGCAAAUCUACUCCAAGGUCAUCAAUGACAAGCAUGAUGACGUCAUGGCCAAGUUCGGGGCCAUCCUGGCCCAGGGCAUCCUGGAUGCAGGUGGCCGUAACGUCACCAUCUCGCUGCAGUCGAGGACGGGCCACACCCACAUGCCAUCAGUGGUGGGCCUGCUGGUAUUCACCCAGUUCUGGUUCUGGUUCCCUCUUUCCCAUUUCCUCUCCCUGGCCUUCACCCCCACCGCCAUCAUCGGGCUCAACAAGGACCUCAAGAUGCCCAAGGUACAAUACCGCUCCAACUGUAAGCCCUCCACCUUUGCCUACCCUCCGGCCCUGGAGGUGCCCAAGGAGAAAGAGAAGGAGAAGGUGUCUACUGCUCUUCUCUCCAUCACAGCUAAAGCUAAGAAGAAGGAAAAGGAGAAGAAGGAGAAAGAGGAGGAUAAGAUGGAAGUGGAGGUACAGGAGGCUGAGAAGGAGAAGAAAGAUGAGGAGAAAGCGAAAGAGAAGAAGAAGGAGCCCGAGCCCAACUUCCAGCUGAUGGAAAACCCAGCCAGAGUGAUGCCCGCCCAGCUCAAAGUGCUCAACAUGCCCGAAACGUGCCGCUACCAGCCCUUCAAACCGCUGCACACUGGUGGCAUCAUCAUCAUGAAAGACACCAGUGAGGAAGAUGAGGAGCUGGUGGAGUCCGUUUCUGCCCACGGCCCAAAGAUCGAGGAGGAGGAACAGGAGCCAGAGGCCCCUGAGUCCUUUGAGUACAUCGAUGAGUGAAUGCCCUCCGCGUA